UCAAAUCAUAAGUACUGCAUUACAAGUGAAAGUAAAUGAGAUGUAGUCACCAAUCAGCACCUUGCUGCCAUGCAGACCUCCUCUUCUAUGCUGUUUCUCCUCUUCAGACGUUUCCUCCUAAGUUGGUGCUGCUGGAUUUUGGAGAUACGGACAGCAUGCCUGAGGCAAUCGCAGAGAUCCUGGACUGUUAUGGGUGCCUGGAUAUUAUUAUCUUUAACAGCAGCAUGAAGGUGAAAGCUCCAGCACAGACUGUGUCUCUGGAGGUGGACAAACUGCUGAUGGACAACAACUACUUUGGGCCCGUCACUCUGGCUAAAGGCGUGCUGGCCUCCAUGAUCUCCAGGAGAAGUGGUCACCUGCUGCUGGUUAACAGCAUCCAAGGGAGACUAGCUGUGCCUUUUCGCAGUACCUACGCAGCCUCUAAACACGCUGUUCAGGCCUUCUUUGACUGCCUGAGAGCGGAGGUGGAGGAGUACGGCAUCUCCGUCAGCACCAUCAGCCACAACUUCAUCAGCUGCUCUGCGUCUGGAGCCCCAGCCACCUCCAAAUCCCUGUGGUCGUUGUUGUACACUAAGAAGCCCCUCGGCGUUUCUCCUGAUGAAGCCGCCGCAGAGAUUGUGAAGACUUUAAACAAUAAGAGGAAAGAGGUGGUGAUUGCUCCCUCGCUCCCUAAGAUGGCCAUUUACGCCAGGUCCUUUUUCCCAAAUGUGUUCUUUGCUGUGAUUGGUGCAGGGGUGAAGAACGCCUCCAUCGCCGCUGAGAUGUAGAUACUGCCUCAGCACCGGGAUGAUGGGACACAUGACAUGAGGUUUUUAACAAAUCAGUGGAUGUCAAAGAUUUUUUAAUGAUCAUUUGAUGUUCGUGCGCAUGGCAGUUCCAGAUUUAAUCCACAUCACAUUAUCUGUUGCUGUUGGUUUAAUUGAAUUGUGGGAAAAUCAGCGAUAUGAUUUUCAUGAAUCAUGAGGCUGCCACACAGAGUGGGGGCCAACAGGGGUCCAACAACAAAGGUUUGCCUCUGAGCUCCUAAGUGGGUAAAUCCAGCCUGUGGAUUAGUGUUUUGUCUUAUACUCAGAUUUGUGUGUAAAAUAUUGAUUUUCUUCAUUUUAAUAAACAGAGUUUCCUUAAAACUCAACAAUCAGGAGUUACAGGACUUACAGCACUUACUCAUAUUUAUAAAUGUUCACUUCUUCUUUAGUUUUCAUAGCAUUUCAAUCAGAAAGUUACGUAUUGAAGAGAUUUUGCAUCUGUUGCUGAAUUUAUGGACCUAUUGCUGUAGGUUGUUGUUUUUGUU